UAAAACGGAGGGGUCUAAUAUCCAAAGAUGAAUCGGUUAUGUAUUGCCCUCACAUUAAUUACUUUAUUUGGAUUCGCAGUCGCCCUGAAAAGCCCAAUAUGUGGUAUAAAAGCCUCUUUUGUGGGUAAGUGCAAGGGAUUUGCCUACAUUCCGCAGAAGAAUAGAUGCGUUAGAAUAUCUGGUGACUGUUCAGGAAAAGGAAACUUUUUUAAACGAUUGGAGGCCUGCGAAGCUAGUUGCUUAUAGUAGAUUAUCCUGCGUUUUGUAAUCCAACA